UUUCUGCUCCUUCCUCCCCUUCCGUUUAUGGGCAGGAAACCCCACCCAGAGCGCUUCGCCUUCGCAACUAUCUUGGCCCGCAGCAGCUUCCGUGCCGCUGGGAGGAAUGGGGGCGUUCUGCGGGCGCAGAGCUCCCUAAGAUGGCGGUGGCGGCGCUGGCAGGGCUGGGCCCGUGGGCCGUGCUCGCCCGCUACUUCCGGGCGGCCGGGCUGGCGGCUUACUCCUCCGUGCCCGCCGGCAGCACUGGGGAAGGCCAGCAACGGGAAGCUUCAAUAAGGAGAAGAGGCAGGACUUCACAGUUCGUAAGAUCGUAUGCACCUCCCAGAACUGAGAGGAUGGCUGUCGACCAGGACUGGAGCAGUGUUUAUCCAACAGCAGCUGCGUUUAAAGCUGCAUCUGUGCCUCUCCCGAUUCGAAUGGGUUUCCCAGUGAAGAGAGGAGUACCUCCACCAAAAGAAGGCAACUUAGAGCUUAUAAAGAUUCCCAAUUUUUUGCAUCUUACUCCUCCUGCAAUUAAGAAACACUGUGCAGCUCUCAAAGAUUUCUGCACUGAAUGGCCAAGUGCUUUGAACAGUGAUGAGAAAUGUGAACAGCAUUUUCCUGUUGAAAUUGAGACAGUGAAUUAUGUUUCUGCAGGAACGUCUAUUCGUAAUCCCAAAGCAAGAGUGGUAACUCUAAGAGUUAAACUUUCUAACCUGAAUUUGGAUGACCAUGCAAAGAAGAAGCUUAUUAAACUUGUAGGAGAGCGGUACUGCAGGGACACAGAUAUACUCACUAUUACAACAGACAGGUGCCCACUAAGAAGACAGAACUAUGAUUAUGGAAUACACCUCCUCACAGUUUUGUACCAUGAAUCUUGGAAAACAGAGAUAUGGGAGAGUGAGAAGACUGAAGAAGACAUGGAGGAGUAUAUCUGGGAAAAUAGCUGCUCUCAGAAAAAUGCCCUGGAUACACUACUUCGAAUAAAAUCCACAGAGAAUGUUAGUAAUGUAACCAAGGAGGAGCUUCUUGCAUCUAAAGUAGUUAAGAAUUACAGAAACUCUGUAACUGCACUUAAAAAUGAAGGUGAAACAGAAAGUAACAUGUCUCAGUAUAAGGAAUCUGUGAAGAAAUUAUUAAAUAUACAAGUAUUACCAUGAAAGAUUCUGCAAGUACAUCUGAUUAUUAUAGAAAUAUUAAACUAUAGUUAAUAGUUAUGUAUGAUAUGGAUAUAUAAUUAUUUGGAACCUUAACCAAAACUAUGAGACUUGAUGAAUUAAUUUUAAAAGUAGUCAGAUAUUUCUUCAUUGUUGGAUUUUCUUGUAAACAUAUUUUUUCUGUUCAUGAAUCUUGUUCUUUGAAUAAAGUAUAUUUUGAGUCA